GACAUAUUUUUCGAUGGUGACGGAAGUGUACACACAGUAAAACUUUUAAAGACAUGAUUUUAGGCAUCAACAUGACUGCAUAAAACUUGACUGACAAGAUAAAAUUUAGUGAUAAUAUUGGGUUGAAGAAGAGAGGAAAAACCAUGGGAAUAUUUGACUCUCUAGCAAAGUGGCUUGGUCUUAAGAAAAAAGAAGCCAAUGUUCUUGUGGUGGGACUUGACAACAGUGGUAAAACUACCAUCAUUAACCAGUUAAAACCAGCUGAGUCAAAGUCCCAUGACAUCGUUCCUACCAUUGGUUUUACAGUGGAGAAAUUCUCAGGAAAGUCCUUGUCCUUUACUGCCUUUGAUAUGUCGGGUCAGGGUCGAUACCGUAACCUCUGGGAACAUUACUACAAGGAAUGUCAGGGCAUUAUCUUUGUAAUUGAUAGCAGCGAUCGAUUACGUAUGGUCGUAGCACAGGAGGAAUUAGAACAGUUACUAAAUCACCCUGACAUUGUAGGUAGACGCAUUCCAAUACUGUUUUAUGCUAAUAAAAUGGACAUGAGAGAUGCCUUGUCAGCUGUAAAAGUUGCACAUCUUCUAAAUUUGGACAAAAUUAGCACGAAGCCGUGGCAUAUAUGUGCAUCUAAUGCCUUAACUGGUGAGGGUUUAAGUGAAGGUGUAGAGUGGAUAACUGGGCAAUUGAAAGAAGUUGUAAAUGCUAAAUGAAGCACCAUUAUAUCUCCAUUACACUUAAUAGUUGUAUUCUGUAUGUGUAUAAAAAAAUGUUCAUUUAAUAGACAUGAUAGCAAGUAGCAAAACUGAAAUUUUACUCUUGUUCAAAAGAAAUAAGUUCAUUUAAAGAAUUGCUGUACACAUGUUGAAUAACUUAAAUUACUGAUGACAACAUCAUUCAUUAUGCUUCUUUUUUUUUGGAAAAAAA